UCUGUUGGCAAUGCGUAAGAACAGAGUGGGUGUGGAAAUAUACUUGGAUUGCCCCCACAUAGUGCGCUGUUGAAGUCGUGUAGGCUGUGAAAGAAAAUAAAUUCCGUAAUGAGAUGAUUUCAAUGGGGUAGUGAUUCUGCUUCAGAAUUGAGAAAGUAUGUGUAACAAUAUGACAACCUGUCACGAUCCAUAUCGAGAGUUAGAAUUGUAUCUGGAGAAAGCACAGGAAGAAAUUGUCAAGGCAGUGAAGGAACUAGAGCAACAUGAAGAGACUGAGAUUUCUAAUCCGUCUUCUUCCUGCGAAAAUACUUCAGAAAUUUUAUUGCCUCCUCCUCGAGCUUUCUUGACAUUGGAUUACCCUAAGGAAAAGAACUAUGAUUAUAAACGAACUAACAGUGUUCCUCAGAAUACCGUAACUCGUGUGUGUCAUGAUGGCAAUCUCCUAGAUUUCAAAAAUUCUUCACCAAACUGCAAUACUUUGAACAACCAUUCGUCAGGAAGAACUUCAUUUUUUUCUAGCUUAAGGCCUGGUAUUCUGGGACAAAACGGAAAUUCAACUUAUUCUCCAAAUACACGGAGAAGAUUAUGGAAAAUGCACCCGUCUAUAUCAUUUCCAGAAACUUCAAAAGAUUUGCUGUUGUUGGGAAACGGCACGGUUUCUUCAAGCACGGAAUGCAAACCCCGAUCAUAUUCAGAAACAUCCAAAGAUAUGGAUGUAACAUAUUCUUUAAAAGGACAGUGCAAUGGUAAACUUUCGAAUGAAAAUGUAGAAUAUUCAGCUACAGAUGAGCUUUUUGAAAAAAGACGUUUUAAUCGCAAUACUCGACGGCGUUCGAAUUCUGAAACUUUGCCGCCUUCCUCUCAAGAUGAAACUGAUAUUCCGUGCAUGUUCCCUAGACCUCCUAUUGGCGAUGUCAAUCUUUUAUCCAUAUGGGCAAACAAUCUAGUACUUGAACUCGAUAAGAGCUUAUCGAGAGAGCUUAAUUCUGUGGAUAGUUUGAGUCCCUCUUCAGAGUGUAGUUUAAGUCCAAGUAAACCCGAUGAUUCUUUCGAAACCAUCAACUUUAAGAAUGGUAAUUUUCAAAGCUCUCAUUAUGGAGAAUCAAGCCGUUUAUCUCUUCCAAGUAAAAGUUUAAAGCUAAUAUCCAUGUCUCCAGAUAGCGGAAUUGAACCCGUAUCAUGCGAAACCCCGGAAAUUUUCGAAGAUGUUGUUGAUUCAUUUACCAUGAUGAAAGAAAAUGAUAACGGGAAUUAUGAUUUAAUAGCUAUCAAUAAUGACAUGAAUCACAUAACUCCUCCGCCUCCCGCAUUUGAAGACAAAAAAAUAACUGAAUCCGUUCCUGUUUGCAAUACUACAGAAAAAUUACUUUCAGAGAAAUCGCAUAAAACAGUAACAUCUGAAAUUUUAAAUGUAGCAAAUUCUGUGCUGGAAACCUCGGAUAUGACUGAAUGUUUAACGAAUAAUUUUGAAAGCAUUGGGUCUCAGGCAUAUGCUAUAGCAACUGAAACGAUCGAACUCGAAGACAGUCCUCUCGUGAGAACGACAUGUGUUAUUAAUGAUGUUCCAAUUGAUGUGUCAUCUAAAGAACAUUCUUCAUCAUUGAAACAACGGGAGCAGUUGGAAGAAACGCUUAAGCAGUCAAAAACAAAUCAUAAUAUCUUCUACAGUUUACCGAAACCCCCAAAAGUAAUUCCGAACACAAUUGAAAAAUGGUGUUCUUCUCUUCCUAGAGACACUGGAAAGAAUUCGGAUGUUAUUUGUCCUCAGAGGUCAACCUCAUUAUAUGCCGUUUCAUGCUCCAAUCACGUGAGUAUUGCUGAUUUAACUGCAUUCAUUCAGAAUGUUAAGAAUGGUUCAUACCAGCCACCAUCUUGUGCUGAUGUCUCCACUGAUGUCAAAGAUGACAACGAAAAUAAAGAUGCUGUCACUCAAACAACUCCCGUGCCACUAAGUAGAAGCUCAAGCUUCACGUGGGUUACCGAAUGUGACUGUAGCGACUGGGAUUUACCAAAUGGUAACAGUGGAUCUGAAGACAGUCUUCUAGUGGCCGAUUGUUCAAACUGCAAAUCGGGGUCAAAAAAUCAUAAUUCAUCAUCCUCUUCACUUGGAAUUUCGUCAGAUGAAGACUGUGAGCCUUUAACACCUGGCUCCGGUGGCAGCAGCAGCUUAUAUUUAUCAGCUUGCUCUGGGUCUAGUGACUCCUUUGAUGAUGCUAAUCUUGCCAUUGAAGUGCCCAUUCUGCGCACAAAUCUUGCAAAACCGUCUGAGGACAAUAUAUCUCAAAAUACCCGGCGAUCUUUUCGGAACAGUGAAAGUACUUUGCGUGGAUCCGCUUUGGGAGAUAUUUCCGAAGAACAAGGGACUAGUGAAACGAUUUCUGUGAAAUCAUUGACCAGCAAUCCUUCCCUAACAGAUUCUAAUGCAGCAUAUAAUCCUGAGCAAUCAGCUUCUUUUCCAUCUACUCUUAAAGUUAUGAGAAAAAAUAAGUCUACAGGCAGUCCUGCGCAACCAAUAGAGCCUACAGUUUUAGUUAUCAAUGAACUGAAUCUCAAAUCUGUUUCCGCGCCAGUUUUAUUGAGACAGAAACGUCAUGCAUGCAUUCCCAAGGCGCAAGAAUCUUCUUCUAGUGAUUCUUCUCCUCCAACUGGAGCAAGAAGUAAAGAUUCGUUUUGUGAUGCCGCACAGGUUCCAACUAGGGCUCAUUCUGCGAAGGAACUAAACGAACUCCAAGCUAUUGAAGCGUGCACUUGGCUGCGUGCUGCUGGAUUCCCUCAAUAUGCUCAGAUGUACGAAGAUAACCAGUUUCCUAUUGAUAUAUCCAUUGUACAGAAAGAUCAUGCUUUUCUUCAUCCUGAUUCGAUUCAGUCCUUAUUCAGGAGGCUGAAUACCCUGAACAGGUGUGCUAAAAUGAAAUUCGUGGAUCACGUACCUCGCAAAUCGUUACGUGUUGAUGAAAGUGAUGAAGAAGAACAGUACGCUUUAAGUGAAAACUGGGAAUUUCAGCGUUCUAGUCGGCGAUGGUCUCGAAUACCUUCACCAUCUGAUGGAAUAACAGAUUACGUACCUAAUGAUCCACCGAGCGAACCAACAACUAAAUUAUCUGGUCAUUUGUUACCUGCACCCGGCAGAAAAUAUCUUAGUCCAGAAGAGGCGUAUUGUAGUAGUCAUGAUAGUGUUUUUAUUGAUGAACAGCAUAGUAGUCCAGACAGCAUAAGAAGAUCUAGUUUACUUAAACCUGAAAGGAUAUCUAUGUCACCUUCAGGACAUAUUGGUGACUGUAGUCCGGGUUCAAGUUCAGGCUCUGGUGGCACUCUCAGUUUAGCUUCUGAUGAUGUACCAGAACGCCGAAGUUUGCGGAGAAGUGGCAGUGACAGAGUCAAAGAAGGUGCUAAAGCUUUACUGAGACGAAUGGAAAGUUUGAAAGGAAAACGAAAGAAGAAAAUACUCGAUACCAAUAAAAUGGAAAAUGUUACUGCAGUUCAUUGUGGAACUGAUGGAAGCUCAUCAAGCAGUUUAACUUCUUCCCCUCAAUUUCUAAGGUCGCAGAAGCCUACAGAUGGUACGUGUUUGAGCUCACAACAAAGUGCAAAGAAAGUCGGAGGGGUAAAUCUUCCUAAGGGAACUGAGAAUACGAGUGCACACAGUGACUCUGAAUGCCACAUGUUUCUUAUAUCUGAAAGAUGGAAAGAUGCAAAUAGCAAUGAUACUAAACCCGUUAAGCAAUAUAUUACACCCCAGGCGUCUGUGACGAUAACAUCUACACCAGAUAACUUACCUUUAAAUCCGGAUAAAAAAGAGGCAAGGCAUUCAGGCAGCCUGAAACUUGGUGCAUUGCAAAAGGGAAAUUUGUUACAUCCAGAUUAUAAUACUAAUCAAGAGUAUGAGAACUUUUGUGAUAAAAGAGGUAGCUAUUAUGAUAAUAUCUGUGCUCCCCUGGUGGUGUUUAAUGAUUUGUAUGCUGAAAGCUUAGAUAGGAUACCUAGGCAGACAAACACAUGUAAGUCUCCCCAGAAUCAAGAUGAUGGUGACAUAAUUAUAAUCAACAAUGAAAGGAGAGAUUCUGGUGUUGGAUCUUCUUUGACCAGAGGCAUUGCUACCACUCAUCACACAUACCCCCAACAAGCACAAUGGCAUUGCUUUCCUAAUCAUUAUACUUCAGAAAUUAAACCAAUUCCGAAUCCUGCUCAUAUUACUGACUUAACUGCACCACAGAUGCUAUUAUUAAGGAAAUUGUCUCUCUUAAAACUUACUACUGUCAUGGAAAAAUUUUCACCUUCAAGUCGAACUGGAUGGAGCUGGGGAGUCCCAAAAUUUAUUCGUCGUAUUCGCAGUCCAGAUUAUAAAGACAAAGUUGUGUUUGGAGUACCCUUACUUUUGAUUCUUCAGAGAACUGGUCAGCCUUUGCCUGUUUCUAUUCAAGGUGCAAUUCAUUACCUCAGGAAAACGGCUUUAGAUUCAACAGGUCUCUUUAGGAAAUCUGGUGUACGUUCACGAAUACAAAAACUGAAGUCUAUGAAUGAAACUAGUCCAGAGAAAAUCAGCUAUGAAGAGCAGCAGGCAUAUGAUGUAGCAGAUAUGUUGAAACUAUAUUUUCGAGAACUUCCAGAAGCUCUUCUUACAAAUAAACUUUCUGAAACAUUUAUCAGUAUUUUUCAGUGCAUUCCUGAAGAUUUGCGUCUGGAGGCUAUUCAAGCUGCUCUGAUGUUGAUGCCAGAUGAGAAUCGUGAAGUUCUUCAAUCAUUAUUGGAAUUUUUAUAUGAAGUGUGUCAACAUUCUGGUGUAAAUCAGAUGAGUGCUACUAAUUUAGCGGUUUGUUUUGCCCCAUCGUUAUUUCAUCUCUCUACAGCACGUAGUGCAAGCUCUAGUCCUCGUCGCCGAAAAACAGUUGGUGUGCCAGAUUUACGAGAACUGAAUGAAAACCGAGCAGCAUAUGAAUGCCUAUCAUGCAUGGUUCUUAACUAUAAAACUCUGUUCACUGUAUCAGAAGAAACAAUUUCUCAAAGCCGCAUUUCAUCUGCUGUACAUUUUCAACCAGCCACUGUAGAGGAACUGUCUAGUUUCUCUAGUAAUGGGCAAAGUGGAUGGAAAGUUUACAUAGAUAGCUGCAUUCAGAUGUUUUUAAAAGAAGUAAGGGAAAAGUAUAAAGGCUGGGUUAGUGUAUCUCAAAAUGAUCAUGUUGAAUUGGCAUACAAAAAAUUAUCUGAUGGUCAUCCUCUUAGACUUUGGAAGGUUUCUACAGAAGUAGAAGCGCCACCUGUUGAGCUUUUGAACCGCAUUCUUAGAGAAAGGCAUCUGUGGGACACACUUGUUAAAUGGAAAGUUGUAACUCGCUUCAACAAGCAGACAGAAAUAUUCCAGUACCUGUGUUCUUCUUUAUCUCCACAUCCACCAUGUGAUUACUGUGUGUUACGGUCCUGGAGAACAGAUCUGCCCAAAGGUACUUGUGUUCUUAUUGAAACUUCAGUAAAUCAUCCAGAAGCAGAAAUUGUACCUGGGAGUGUCAGAGUAUUGGUAUUAGCUUCCCGUUAUUUAAUUGAACCGUGCGGUUCUGGCAAAUCUCGAAUUACUCACUUGAGUAGGGUUGACACAAGGGGCCGAUCUCCCGAAUGGUACAACAGAGCUUAUGGACAAAUUUGUGUGCUUUCGUUAAUAAGAUUAAGAAAUUCAUUUUCCCGUAGUGGUGCAGAUGGGCCGGAAACUAAAGUGUAAAAGUGCCAACUAACUUUCAGUUCUUAAAGAUCAAUGUAUAUAUUUCAAAUUUUAUGACUAUGGCAUCAAAGACUGAUGUGUAUAAAAAAGUUCUUAUCUAUCUAUUUAAGAAAAAACUAGUCAGACGACAAAGAAUAAACAUGUUAAAUUGAUUCAUUUUAUUUCUUUCUUUAAGGAAUGUAUUGUGGAAAAAAUAAAAUGUACAUAUUCAAUAUUUCA